CGACGCGCAAUUUUAUGUGCCCUGUCGCACUGUUUCACUGCCACAACGUUCCGUCUCUAUUCACUCACUAACUCAUUCUCCACGCUCACUUGCAUUACUCCGCAUGCUCCAGGGAUGCUGUUCGUCGCCACUCGGCUGCAUGAUGCGUAGGAAAGUCACUGAAAGUGAAUUUAGCCGCGUACCAACAGACGCAUUGAGGUAGUGCGGCACAUUCCUUGUGGUUGCGUGCACGUGCUCGCAUCAGUCAAGCGGUUAGUAACUGUGGCCAAAGCGUCGGCUACAAAUAAUAGCAGCAACAACACAUUAAAUGAAAGGUGGCAACAACAACAGCAAUAGUGAUUAUUAAGUAUAUAGAGCAAAAACAAAUGCAAGACUAAGUAUGUUAGCAAAAUUUCAACGACGCGCUUUUCAUUGCAGUGGUACGGAUUAUUCAAAAAAAGCAUUAGGCUGCCAAAAAAUUACGUAAAAAACAGUGCAUGAAAUCCGAGGAAAUUAGGUACGAUUAAAACGAAAAAGGAUUAAGCCAAGGAAUAACUAUGAAGAAGAAAGUGAAACGACGCAAAACCUCGUUUUUCAUACAGAAAUGGUGAAAAAGGAAUAUUUGCCGCAAAACUCAACAGCAAAGUAAGUGUUGCAGAAAAUUGUGGACUUAGCGAACACGACAGCGAGCAAGUUAAUCGGUAGUUAAAAAAGGAGAAGCAAAAAGCAAAUAAAAGCUAAAAAGAAAAAUAAAUUUAUAAAAAUUAAAAAAAAACAACUCAAAUACCACUAACAGAAAAGCGGCACGAAUACAAUUGUGAAAGCAAUCUAGCAAUUGUAUGUAACAUUCGGAAUGUGUGCGCUCGUGCUUCCAUAUGUGCGCUUAAAUUGGAAUUGCGUAAUAGCGUAAUUCGCACAUGUGCCCUCGUUAGCGUUAAGCUAAUUGGAAGGGACAGACACGCAAGCAUCUGCCAUAAUCAGCAAAAUCGAAUACAUACAAUACAUAGUUACAAACAACAACAACAGCAACAAAAAGCAAUAAGAUUUAAGGCUCAACUUUAACAUACGAUACAAAAACAAAAAUUAAAAAAAAAAACUUCAGCAAAGCAAUCGAAAAAAAAAUAUAAGUUAACCCAAAAUGCCAUUCGGCCGCAAAUCACCGCUGGAGGCGCUCGCCUUACCCGGCGUCAUUUUGGCCUACAAAUACAGUCAAUUUCGGCAAAGACGACGGGAGGCUGCCAGUCGACGUGUAACGGAACGUGAAUUGGCUGCUCUGCAUCAUAAAAUCGACAAGCUGCUGAGCAAACUCGAGGAAAGCGAACCGGAUCCGCCCACCUCACAGGAGGAUGAAUGUGUCAUUUGCAUCAAUGCGCGUGCCACCAUGCAAACGUCGCCCUGCGGCCAUCGUGUCGUCUGUCGUCGCUGUUUUGUCAAGACAAUACAAAGCGCUGUUGCGCAACGCCUACUACCGCUACGCUGCGUCAUUUGUCGAGCGCGUGUCAAUCGACUCACUUCCAGCUCGGGCACUUGGCGCAUACAGGAAUCGGCGAGCAGCUAUUCGAUGGGUGCCAAGAGCUGGGCUUCAGCUGGCGUUGGCGCUGGCGGUGUGCACGCCUCGGCCAGUUCCUAUUCAAUGGGCGAUGCACAUAGCGGCCACCAUGUCUUUCAUCCACAUCCCGCUCUACACGGUCGCUAUCCGCGCAGCCCGAAUGGCGGUGGUCACGUAGCGCAAUCGGAUAGCUUAUACUCGAUGAGUUCGACUGGUUCAUCAUCGAUGUCCGGCGUGUCACACAUGUCUGCCUACUCUAAGACGUCUUCCAUUUCGAGUGGUCUCUGCUCACCCGCCUCACCCAUAUCACCGUCAGCCAUGUCAGCGUAUACACAGACACCGGUGCUGAAUAAUCAUUUGGCGCCACCAGGCGCUUCAAACUCACAUGGCGCGUUGUCGUUGUCGCCCUCGGGUUCAGCGUCCGGUUCCUCUGUGUCGGGUUCGUUGUCGCCGCGCGAUGAUGGCCACCAUCACUCACAUUCGCAUUCCGGUGGUUGUCCAGCGGGCUGCUCGGGUGCCAUACCACGUAAGCCACUCAACUCAUUGAGUACGUCAUCAUCGAGCGGUUCGAGCAUCAGCAGUUGCAGCAGUUUCCCGCCAGCGACACAUACCUACCCUGGGCGUAGACAUACGAAAGGACGACUGACGGAUCUACAAAAUCGACUGCCACCAAUUAAAGAGUUCCGCAGCCCAGCCAAAGUGCCACAUCCAUCGCCGGUGCACAUCAGCAAUCCGCGCUUUCGUUACGCCUCUUAUACCAAAUCUUCGUCGAGCGCGCACGAAAUAGCGCCACUGCUACGCGAACCGCCUUCACCGCCCAAAAGACCCAUGAACAUAUUGGUGGGUUCAGCGUCAACCAAUGGCUUGGGUCCACCACCACUUAAGGCUGGCGGGAGUGCCAAAAUUAGUCCUAUAGUCUCGAAGAACUCGCUGCCGAAGAAUGCCUAUACUUUGGGUAGCAAAGAUAAGAAAAAUGUCAUAAAUAGCAACAUUAGCGUUGCAAAAGCGAACGGCAAGCUUACAAAUGCAACAACAAACAGCAAUAAUAAUAAGAAAAUAACACAUGACGCUAACGGUAAUACCAUUUCAUCGGCGGCGACAAUAACUGCGAAAUCGACGGCAGCGGCAUCCCAGCACAGCAACAAUAAGGCGUAUUCGGCGCCAAAUUCACGUUCUAAUUCUUCCAGCCGAAGUUUUCCACUUUUCUCCAAUAGCAAUAGCAAUCACAAGGAGAAAUCCGACAAUAAGAAGAACGAAUCUAUGGAGCGCAAAAAGAAGGAGGAAAAACUUAAACUAAAAGCGGAAAAGGAAGCGAGAAAGGAGGAGAAGCGCCUAGCCAAGGAAGAGGAGCGACUGGCAAAGUUAAUUGCCAAGGAGGAGAAAAAGAAGGGCAAAAAGGAAGCCAAGGAGUUGCUCAUCGCAAAUGAUGGGAACAGCAAGAAGUGAAGUAAAAUCGCGUCUUCUCAACACGGAAUGCGCACUGAAAAAAAUAAAUAAAAGAAACUCAUAGCCAGUUUCACGAAAGCAAUUAAAGUGAUAAAUAAUUUUUUUUUAUUUGUACUUAAUAUGAAAGCUCACAGAAGCGAAAAAAAAUAUUUUUCAUUUAAAUGGCUGGUGAAACCGCAGUUCGAGCUUUGACCCAGCAAGCGAUUUCGUGCUCCAAAGUACCAAAAGUUCUAAAUUUGAUAGCAGAAGUACUAAAUUAAAUGCUAAAAGUACUAAAAAAAGGAUGAAAAUUUCGUAAUUAGAUAAAAAGUGCUAAAUAACAAACAAAAAGUACUAAAUUGCAUACAUGUACUGGAAGUACGCAAUAAAGAACUAGCACUGCUGAAUCAUAUUAAGGACGUACUUCAUAAACAUAUAGAAAGUACUUUGAAAAUUACUAAAAGUUCUAAAUUAGAUAAAAAAAAAGUGCUAAAUCACAAACAAAGGGUACCAAAUUGCAUAUGUAUGUACUGUGGGUACUAAAUAAGUACUAAAAACCAUACCAAAGGUACUGAGACAAAUACGAAAAGUGCUAAAUUAAUGACCAAAAGUACUAAAUUACAUGCUAUUAGUGCUAAAUAAUCUACUAAAAGUACUAAAUCACAAGCAAAAAGUUCUAAAUCACUUAUUAUAAGUAUUCAAUUGUGUACUACAACUACUAAUUUUGUACUUGAAAGUUCUGAAAAGCAUAAUAAAGUACUAAAUAAAGUACACUUGUGCUAAACAAUAUUAAAAACUGCUAACCAAAAUUCAAAAAUUGAAUCCCAUAACAAACUCUAAAACAUAACAACUAAUCUCAAAAAGCACUAAUACACUAUGUAUACAAAAGCAAAAUUUUCUAAAUUACAAAAACCAAAUUCUAAGAAACAUAGUAACUACUACUAAUCAGUACUUUUCAAAAACUACUUAGCAUACAAAAUGUGUAGCUGUUAAUACAAAAUUUUUUUACAAAAAUUAUUACAUGCGUUUGUAAGUACUUUCGGAAAUGCAUGCUCCAAUACCUUUGUAUAUGUUUAGUGUAUAAUGGAAAAUAGUUUGUUUAUUUUUUGCAAAAAUUAUGCUCCUC